CGAAUAUCGAUAUUGAAACACACGAUGCAAAGCUUCGCGCAUCACAGGACAUCACUACUAGCUUCAAUUAUUUUCAUUAUGGUAUUUGUGAUAAAACUUGAAUACAAUGUCUUCAUCAGACUCGGAUGAUGAUUGUUACGGAAAUAUAGCACAAAAACUACAGUCAAUAAAAAACAGCUUUAUAAAAGAGAGAGAUGAAACUGAUGUCACGAGCAACAGAACUGACAUCGGUCCAAGUAGCUCAACAUUACCGACCGUACCUGUUGAUGAAGAAUUAAACAGCACUGUGAACAGUACGGAUAACAAUACGAAGGCAAAACCGAGGCGAGGCCGUGGAGGUAGGCGCAAAGCUUCUAGUAAUAGCUGUGGCUCCAGUAACGGAACUGACGUCGGUCCAAGUAGCUCAAUAUUACCGACCGUAACUGUUGAUGAAGAGUUAAACAGCACUGUGAACAGUACGGAUAGUGAUGAAUACACGUUAGACGCGAUUAUAGCUAACAAUACGAAGGCAAAACCGAGGCGAGGCCGUGGAGGUAGGCGCAGAGCUUCUAGUAAUAGCUGUGGCUCCAGUAACAGAACGACCAGGACUGUGCGAGCUAGAUGGUCUGCCAGCCAGAGUACUAGCAAUUCUAAUGAAGAUGACACUUUUGAUGAAGAAGAUGCUCCUACAACCUCAAGAAGGGGCCGACGUGCUGCCAGAGGGCGGUCUACUAGUGCUGGCAGAGGGCGGUCUACCCGUGCUGGCAGAGAGCGGUCUACCCGUGCUGCCAGAGGGCGGUCUGCCCGUGCUGGCAGAGGACGGUCUACCCAUGCUGGCAGAGAGCGGUCUAUCGGUGCUGCCAGAGGGCGGUCUGCCCGUGCUGGCAGAGGGCGGUCUACCCGUGCUGGCAGAGAGCGGUCUACCGGUGCUGCCAGAGGGCGGUCUGCCCGUGCUGGCAGAGGACGGUCUACCCAUGCUGGCAGAGAGCGGUCUACCGGUGCUGCCAGAGGGCGGUCUGCCCGUGCUGGCAGAGGACGGUCUACCCAUGCUGGCAGAGAGCGGUCUACCGGUGCUGCCAGAGGGCGGUCUGCCCGUGCUGGCAGAGGACGGUCUACCCAUGCUGGCAGAGAGCGGUCUACCGGUGCUGUAAGAGGGCGGUCUGCCCGUGCUGCCAGGGUGCGGUCUACCCGUGCUGCCAGAGGGUGGUUUACCCGUGCUAGAAUCAGGGGAGAGUCCUCCAGAGAAUGGGGACGCACGGCAAGAAAUGAGUUAAUCGAAAUAUUCGACGAUUUUUCUUCCCCAGACAGACGUUCUCCAGUCACUUCCAAUAAUUGUCCUAUAAUUAGCAUUGGUAAUACGGAUGAGUAUCCAGGCCAAUGUGAAAAUCAGCAGCUGUUCUCGUCAAAUGUGAGACGUCCUAGCGAUGAUGUUGAAAUUGUAGACAUGGACUCUCUAGAAGAUGAUAAUGAAGAAAUGUCCGUCAAAGUCUACUGGCGGAGUUUACAAAUAUUCAAAUUCAAUAUAAGAAAGUACCAGAAAAUAACUCAAUUAUUUAAUUAUUUUAGUGAAAAAGAAGGUGUUAGUAGUAACCAAUUGCUUUUUACUUAUAAUGAUAAGAUAUUAAAAAUGAACGAUACACCGGAUUCUAUAAACUAUAAUAUUGCUAAGUUUAUUAAUGGAGGUAUUGUUAAUCAGGAUGUGCGAAAGUUAAUUGCGGGGAAUAAUGAAAAUAAUGAAUCCAGUGGCUUUAAAUUAAAAUUCCAAUGUCAAAAUAAGAAGAAACCAUUUGAUACAUUUAUGAAUCCUCAUGAGAAAUUAAUGUUGGCUAUGAUAAAAUGUGCAGAGCAUUUAGAAACACCUUUAGAGAGACUUAAGUUUUAUUUCGAUGGAGAUUUAAUAUCAAGUAACAACAUAAACAUGAUUUGAUAAUGCAUAAUUAACACAAAAUACGCAGUCGCAGAUAGCCUACAAAGCCGUCAGCACAGCUGCGACAGCAAUGCCGGUUCCGGGACGCUCGCGCAGGCCUAGGAAACCUGUCUGUUAUAAGGAGAAGCCACUGAACACUGUACUAUGGAAUCUCGAGGUUCAAAAUGCCGAUCUAUUGUAUCCAUAAAGCAUACAAGUUCGAUAUACGUGACAUAGAAUGUUUGCCAAGACGAAGUAUUGUAUUGAAAUGAAGUGAAAAUAUUUAAAUGAAAAUAUUGGGAAUUUUCAUGAUCCUGAUGUAGGGAAUAUCGAAAAUUUGGGAAUCAUAGCAUACGUUCUAAGUCACGUAUAACGAACUUGUGUAGUUUAUGGAUCCAGUACAUCAGCAUUUUGAACUUGGAGAUUCCGUAGUACAGUCGCCACUGAACACUAAACUAAGAAGUGAUUAAUGCUGUUAUUCAAGCAAUUUAUAUCUUUAGUAUUAUAAUUUAUAAUCUGUAGACAGGAGCUCUAACAUUGUGAAUUUCCUAAACUUGGCCUUGGGCUCGAUGGGUUUCUCCUUUACGUUCUGAAUGUUGGCAACUGUAGUACUUAUAGUGGAGCUAAAUAAACAGUACAUUUUGUUGCGAUUUACAACGAAACGGGUGAUAUUUAUUAGAAGAAAGU